AUGUCAUCACGACCUGGUCCAUCUCAGCCCAAAAAACACCCCCAGAAAAAAGGACAACGGCCCGUCCAUGGCUCGAAGGUCAAGAAACUCUCUGAAAAGCAGCAAAUCGAGAACCUCGAGCGAGCCGCACAGGAAUUUGUUCCAGGAAAUGAAUUGAAGGCCUUUGCCGAUUUACCUCUUUCCGAGCCCACGAAGCGGGGACUUAGAAAGGCAUUCUUCGUAGACAUGACGGAUAUUCAAGCCAAAAGUCUACCUGUCUCGCUGAAAGGCAAAGACGUACUCGGGGCAGCUCGUACAGGAAGCGGCAAAACGCUUGCUUUUCUCAUACCUGUUCUCGAAAUUCUCUACCGACGGAAGUGGGGUCCCCAGGAUGGUCUGGGAGCUUUGAUCAUAUCCCCAACCCGAGAACUGGCCGUGCAAAUUUUCGAAGUACUUCGUUCGAUAGGAGGCUAUCACAGUUUCUCUGCCGGUCUCGUUAUUGGUGGAAAGAACCUGAAGGAUGAGCGAGAUCGCCUAUCACGGAUGAACAUCCUUGUUGCAACACCUGGACGGUUGCUCCAGCAUAUGGACCAGACUGUAGGCUUUGAGAGUGACAACCUUCAGCUGUUAGUUCUCGAUGAAGCAGACCGUAUUCUUGACAUGGGUUUCUCCCGUACCCUUACCGCCCUCCUCUCCCACCUCCCGAAAUCCCGUCAAACCCUCCUCUUCUCCGCCACCCAAACCAAAUCCGUCGCCGACCUCGCUCGUCUUUCUCUCAAGGACCCCGUCUUCGUCUCUGCCCACUCCCAACCCUCCGACUCCCCGGAAACCGAUGCCGCCACGAACGACAAGCACCUUGCCAUCCCCAAAGGUCUCGAACAGCACUACAUCAUAUCUCCCCUCCCGAAAAAACUCUCCAUCCUCUGGUCCUUCAUAAAAACGCAUCUACAAUCCAAAAUCCUCGUCUUCAUGUCCUCGUCCAAGCAAGUCCGCUUCGUUUUCGAGACUUUCAAGCGUAUGCACCCCGGUGUUCCGCUCCUCCACCUCUACGGCAAACAAAAACAAAUGACACGCCUGCAGACGUUCAAUCGAUUCACGACCAUGCAGCACGCGGUACUCUUCGCUACGGAUAUCGCAGCGAGAGGUCUAGAUUUCCCGAGCGUGAAUUGGGUGGUGCAGGUGGAUGCGCCCGAGGAUGCGGAGACGUAUGUGCAUAGGGUGGGCAGGACGGCGAGGUACGAGAGUAAUGGGAAGGCGAUGCUGAUGCUAUGUCCGAGUGAGGAGGAAGGGAUGAUGAAGAGCUUGAAAGAGAAAGGGGUGGAGGUGGCGAAGAUCAAGAUCAGGGAGAGUAAGACGCAGAGCAUUGAGAAUAUGUUGCAGAACUUGGCGUUCCAGGAACCGGAGAUCAAGUAUCUUGCGCAGAGGGCGUUCGUCUCAUACCUCCGGUCUGUGCAUCUGCAGAAGGACAAGGAGGUCUUCAAGGUCACCGAACUACCGGCGGAAGAAUUCGCCGCUUCACUAGGUCUUCCUGGAGCACCCAAGAUCAAGUUCCUGAGCAAGGAGAAGGCAAAAGAAAAGAAGAAUGCGUCACGGGCUGUCGCUGCCCUACAGGCCGAGAUCGAGAAAGAGCAGGGUGGAGCGAAGGCCGAGAGUUCUGAGGAGGGCUCUUCAUCCGACGAGGGCGAAGACGGGUCGGAAAAUGAGGCUGAGAAGCUAGAACAACCAACGGAGUCGAAGUCAAGCAAAGUGCGCACAAAGUACGACCGCAUGUUUGAACGGAAAAACCAAAACAUCCUCUCCUCGCAUUACACCAAACUAGUCGACCACUCCCUCGACCCCACCCUCAACCGCUCCGGCGACGCGUCCGACUCUGACGACGACUUCAUCACCCUCGCCCGCGCGGACCACGCCCUGCCGGGGGACGACGCACUCCCCUCCUCCGAAAACAUCUCGAAACGGAAACUGAAAGCCGGGACGAGCAAGCGCGCGAUGUUGAAGUAUAAAGGGGCGCCUACGAAGUUGGUGUUUGAUGAUGAAGGGAAGCCGCAUGAGGUUUAUGAGAUGAAAGAUGUGGAUGAUGUGUUUGGGGAGGGGAAACAGGAUGGGGACGUGAAGGAGGCGGGGAAGAAGUUCGUGGAGAGUGAGAGGGGGAGGUUGAGGGAGGCGGAUGUGAGGGAUAAGGAGGAGGCGAAGGAGAAGAAGAAGGAGAAGAAGAGGAAAAGGAAGGAGAGAGAACGCGAGGCGGAAGGCGAUGGCAUGGACGCCCCGGUGCUCGCCCCGGUGGACGAUGACGACGGAUACGUCUCCCCAGAUUUCGACCUGCCACCAGCGUCUUCCGAGGACGAAGACGAUGCUCCUCCACCACCGAAGCGUAGCAAACAUCAUCAAACACCACAGUCAUCAAGACGGGAAGAUAUAUCCACGCUGGAGGAUGAAGAAGAGCUGGCUUUGCGGAUGUUGCGCGGCGGUCGGUAGCUGUGCGAACUUGGUCUCAUCUCGUAUACUGGUUAUAAUAUCUAGUGGAGAUGGCGGAUUGUAGAACACUACGAUGCAUCUAGUUUAUCGC